CGGUGCCCUCUCUUUAUGAAAGAAGAGCAAAGAGUGGAAGAUGUACGACUGAUUCGAGAUCAGCAUCCAACUAAAAUACCAGUGAUCAUUGAAAGGUACAAGGGAGAGAAGCAGCUUCCAGUUUUGGAUAAGACCAAGUUCCUGGUGCCAGAUCAUGUCAACAUGAGCGAGCUAAUCAAAAUUAUCAGGCGACGCCUGCAGCUGAACUCCAACCAGGCCUUCUUCCUCCUGGUGAACGGACACAGCAUGGUCAGCGUUUCCACGCCCAUAUCCGAGGUGUACGAGAGCGAGAAGGACGAGGACGGGUUCCUGUACAUGGUGUACGCCUCUCAGGAGACUUUCGGAGUGCAAUCUUCUGUCUAAGACACGCGAGCGGCUUCUAGCCUAGGAUUUUGGUUUACCCUUGGCCAUCACCCCCACUCUGCCCCACACACCCCCCAGGGAAAGGAACGGAUGUCACCUACGCUCCCAGUACCUUAGCAUAGUCUCGCUUUAGCAGGCGUCUCAUCUUACCUUGCCGUGUUUGUGACUGUUCAGCAGUCCAGACGAGCACCUCCGGCUUUGAAACCUGCUGUAAUAUUCCACACAGGCACAUUUACAUUUCUGGACUCGAUGAAUGGAACCCAAUUGUGCAUGUGACAACUGCAAACAAAGGGACACUCGACUGACUUUUUAACAAGCAAACGGGCACCAGGGAGGAGCUGAAGGCUUUCGUGUGACAGUUUUCUGGAAAAUCUCCCUAUGAUUCCUUAAAGCUUUUUUUUUUUUUUUUUUUUUCCUAAAAAAAAUAAUGGGAAGGCUUCUCAUGAGAGAAAACCCGUUUUAACGUUCCAAAGCGGCGCUUUGUCUCCUGCAGCCCGAUGAGCCUCGUGUCAGCGCUGCAGUGAGUUAAGGCGAGUGCUUGGGCUGAGCUGGGGGAGUACAACUCUUGUUGUGUCCCUUUUUCUUUUUUUUUUUUUUUUUGGGGGGGGGGGGGGGGCACCGCAAACUCAGGCACGGUGCCAGUUUCUGAAAUACUCAUACCAAACACCACAGCUUUAUCCUAGUUUGAGGAAGGGUUUAACUGUAAAAUACACACCUUGGACAGGCAACACCGAAAUAAACUCCGGUCUGUCACGAAUUUCCAAUGCCCGUGCGUCCCGUGGAGCACUGUCAUUCGUAGGAGCUCGCUUCCGAAAGAUCGUUCCCCGCUAGCCCGGAGGUUUGCCGGUAGCCGAGGGGCUGUGGGGGCGCGCGCAGCCGGCCGCAGAGCGGGCCCGUGCCAUCCGAGGCGCGAGCAGCGCCCGUAUCCCUCGCCGGGAGGGCGAACGGCUUUGUUUUACGCACCUCCCUACCCCAACACCCCACGCGGACGUGCCGCUGGAGUUACCAACCCGUGUGGCACCCCUCCGGCACGUUCCCACCCGGGGGGGGGUCAGGGAGAACCGCCUUGAGACGCAGCUGACGUCCGGGAGUCGCUGUCGGGAGUCGACGAACAAAUUUUAUUUUAUUUUUUUUUUAUCCCCCCCCCUCCCCAUCACUAAAAUCUCCUGCCACGGGGG